UGACAUCAUUCAGCGUCAACUUGGUAACAAGUUGUCACGGAGUGGCCUGUUAGUACUGCAUGUAGCGGUGGCUAUCGUAAUAGAAUAAUUCAAAAAAUAUAGAUACAUCAUUCACUAUGCCUCCGAAGAAACCAGUUCAAGCUGCCGCAGGUAGUAAAAAAACGCAAGAAAAGAAGAAGGAAAAGAUCAUUGAGGACAAGACAUUUGGUUUGAAGAACAAAAAGGGUGGAAAACAACAGAAAUUUAUCAAGAAUGUCUCUCAACAAGUCAAGCAAGUUCCCGGUAGUAAGGUUGCUGCUGAAGGGGACAAGAACAGAAAGGGUGACAAGAAGAAAGAGUUAGAUGAGCUGAACGAGCUUUUCAAGCCAGUGGUGGCUGCUCAGAAAGUCGCUAAAGGGGUGGACCCAAAGUCUGUUCUUUGUGCCUUCUUCAAGCAAGGCCAAUGCACCAAAGGAGACAAGUGCAAGUUCUCCCACGAUUUGACACUCGAGAGGAAGUGUGAAAAACGGAGCCUGUAUGUUGACAAGAGAGAUGACGAGCUUGAGAAAGACACCAUGGAUAAUUGGGAUGAGAAGAAGUUGGAGGAGGUUGUGAACCAGAAGCACGGAGAAGCUGAAAAGAAAAAAGCUCAAAGCUCAAAAACUCAAAUUGUUUGCAAGCAUUUCCUUGAUGCCAUUGAAAACAACAAAUAUGGUUGGUUUUGGGUAUGUCCUAGUGGAGCUGACACUUGUAUGUACCGCCAUGCAUUGCCUGCUGGGUUUGUGCUAAAGAAAGACAAGAAGAAGGAUGAAAAGGAAGAUGAAAUCUCAAUGGAAGAGUUGAUAGAGAAUGAGCGAUCUGCCCUUGGACCAAAUGUCACCCGAAUAACUCUGGAGACCUUCUUGGCCUGGAAAAAGAGGAAAAGGCAAGAAAAAGUGGCCAAGGCAGAGCAAGACAUGGAGAAAAAGAAAGCUGAUUUCAAAGCUGGCAGGUCCUUUGGGGUUAGCGGCCGUCAAGUAUUUGAGUUUUGCCCAGAUCUGGCUGAUGAUGACGAUGAGGAGGCUGAUGACAUAAAAUACGUUGAGGACAAUGAUGACUUUGAGGUUGAAGAUGUUCAGGAGUUCCAGGACAUUGAUCUAGCCAGGUUUGUUCCAAAGGAAGUUGAUAACACCGGGAUAACUGUUGCUGCAGUUGACAGAUUCACAGCCAAAUCGAAGCCAACAAAGGAAACGAAUGAUGACCAGCUGAACGGGGCUUGUGGAGGUGUGGAGGAGAAUGGUCACGAUGGGGAAGACGAGACUCUCGACGACAAGGAAGCAGGGCCCGUGCCUGUGGACGAGAACCUUUUCACUGGCGAGGACCUGGACGAACUGGAUGAGGAACUCAACACACUGGACCUGGAUGACUGACGAUGACUUCUAGUUGAACAGUGCCUCAUGGACUAUGAAUAAGAGAUGACUAAAACAGAUUCACAAUAAAACAUCCUGAUGCUCA